AUGCGCUCGAAUAUUCUAACAAACCCCCCAAAGCGCACACAGCAAGUCCCCCAACAUGUCACGGCGCUGCUCUCACACCUCACCUCGCGCCCGGGUGUGCAAUCCACCAUGAUUCUCUCCCGCAAAGAUGGAUCAAUCAUCCAAAGCACAGGACAGCUCGCACAAACGACUGAAGCAAAUGGAGCCUCUCGCACCGCACACAUCUCCCCACCCACAACUGAUCCGACCGCCGCCCAACCAACAGACCCAUCCCCUACCCUACCCACCGUGUCACAGCCUUACCAACCCUCGCAAGCCGAGACAGUUGCUGCUCACAUCUUCGCCUUUGUCUCCAGUGCCGAAGCACUCGGUGUCUCGCUAUCGCGACCAGCUAUCACCGUGCAGCGACCCAAUGACGCGCAUUGGGAUGUCAACUACGACUACGGACAUGAGGGCACGGCACGUGAGGAAGACCGAGAUGACGGUGGUCUUGAUCGGGAUGAGGAUGGGGAGGUGAAGCUGCUGAGAAUGCGCACGAAGAAACAUGAAAUUGUGGUCGUACCCGAUCGGAAGUACUUGCUGUGUGUCGUACAUGAUGCCUCGCCCGGUGUAGGGCCUGCGGUGGGCUCGCGCUCCCGCUAG